GUGACCGUAGAACGAUUGAAAUUCAAUUCACCAAUAAAAAAUUUGGAUUCCAAAUAACUUACGACUGGAAUAUUCUCAAAUAAAUAAUUCUAUUAUAGUUUUAAUUAGUGUUUUUAUACCCCAUACAAGAUUGCUUCCACAAUGACUGUCACACGGGUGGCGGAGUCGCGCACCGAGUUCAAAUUAAAAAGCUUACCCGAAGACGCUAUUUCGAGCGUUAAAUUUGCACCGAAAUCUAACCAGUACUUGCUGGUAUCUUCAUGGGACUGUUCUGUGAGGCUUUAUGAUGUGACCGCGAAUAUAGAAAGACAUAAAUACAAUCAUGAACUGCCGGUUCUUGAUGUUUGUUUUCGGGAUGCUGUUCAUUCAUAUAGUGGUGGACUAGAUCAGACUCUCAAAAUGUAUGAUUUGAAUGCUAGCACGGAGACUAUCCUCGGAGAGCACAAAGGAGCUAUACGCUGUGUAGAGUUCGCAUCUGAACUUAAUGCAGUGCUCACAGGAAGCUGGGAUGGAACAGUCAAAAUGUGGGAUAGCAGAGUUCCAAACUGUGUCGGCACUUACAAUCAGGGAAAUGAACGGGUAUACACAAUGAGCAUAGUUGGCGAAAAGUUCGUAGUUGGUACAUCGGGACGUAAAAUAUUUGUAUGGGACGUUCGUAACAUGGGGCAUGUAAAUCAAAGGAGGGAAUCCUCACUCAAAUAUCAAACACGAUGCAUACGAGUGUUUCCCAAUAAGCAGGGCUACGUACUCAGCUCAAUAGAGGGACGUGUGGCGGUGGAGUAUUUGGACAGUAAUCCUGAGGUGCAGAAGAAGAAAUAUGCUUUCAAAUGCCAUCGGAUUAAAGAAGGAGGUCUAGAAAAGAUAUAUCCAGUGAACGCGAUCAGCUUCCACUCGGUGUACAACACGUUCGCGACGGGCGGCUCGGACGGCUACGUGAACAUCUGGGACGGCUUCAACAAGAAGCGGCUGUGCCAGUUCCACCGCUACAACACCGCCGUCUCCGCGCUCGCCUUCUCGCACGACGGCUCCGCGCUCGCCAUCGCCUGCUCGCAGCUCGACGACUCGCAGAUCGAAGCCUCCAAGCCCGAAGACACCAUCUACAUACGAUACGUCACGGACCAGGAAACGAAGCCUAAAUGAGACGCGAUCGCGUGAUGGAGGUUGUGGCGGCCGAGCAGUGUGACCACUCUACUUUUGAAAUCCAAGGAUCCCAGGGAAGAACGAGUCUUGCUACUUGAAUAAAAUGACAAUUUUAAAGAUUCCAUUUCAGUUGUGAAUAUCGAAGGGUGACUACUUCCUGAUUAAACAUGAUGUGAUAAAUGUAUGUUGACGAUCUGUGUGCCUAGUGCGAGUUUUUUAACGUUCUCGAUAGCGUAAAAGUUAACUCGAAUUUGUAUGGAUUUGGACCAGCGCCCCUAGCGGCAAACGUAGGCAAACAUUAUUGAGAUCGCUAAAGAACUCGCACUAAGCACACUGAUCCCAGAACAAAAUGUUAACUAAUAUCGCUAAUCACACAGUGACGAUGCGUCUUACGUUAUGCCUCUCGAUUGUGAGGUUCAACCCGCGACAAACAACUCGAUGCAGUUGGUCAUGGAGGACACAUUUACACUCUCACUUAAUGGAUUAUGUUACCUGUAUUCUUCGACCGACAUGCCGGAGGCAUGAUAUUUAUGAUUAAUGAGCCACAACCGACCAUUGUGAUUAAAAAUAAUAAUAUUAGUAAUUAACUAUGUUUAAGUAAUAAAGUUUACAUUGUCUCUUA